UGGAAUUUGACGGAUAAAAAAUCAAUGAAAGAAAAACAUAAAAACAUAAUAAAUAAAUUUUUAUGUGAUUUUGUUGAAAAAUCUGCAAAGAAAAGCUCCACAAUGUCCCGUAAUGUGGGGGAAAUUGAAGAAAAGUGUCGAAUAUGCACAGAUACUGCAGAAUAUCUCAUUGAUACCUGGAUGGAGGAGUUCAAUCACAUUCAUGAAAAGCUUCAAGCUGUGAUCAAUUCUGAGGAAAACUACACAAAUUGGCUGCGUUUUAUAUGCAUCUACUGCAAACAGCAACUUGACAAUUUAUGGAAUUUCAGGAUUCAAUGCAAGAAUGCUUACAGAUUAUUUUUGGAUGAAAUGGAAAAUGCAAGAAAUGAUCAACAAAACUACGGAGAAAAAAAUAAAGGAGGAAAUUUAGGGAAAAUUGGAAAUGAAGAAGCAAGAAAGGAUUGUUUUGGUGAAGUAUUUGAAACAAUUCUCGUGAAAAUGGAUGUUUCAGAGAGGAAUGAUCUUGUGGUACUCGAAGAAGUUGAGAUUUCUGACAAACCGGAAGAAGAUUUAAUUUCUGAAAGGAAAAAACUAAGGAUAAGAGCGGGUAAAUCCAAUAUUCUACAAAGGGAGAGAAUGAAGCGAAUCAGCAGAAGAGAAAUAAUCAAGGGUGUGGAGAAAGUACCAAUAGCAGAAGAAGUUCAAUCAGAGAGACUCAUUCAAUCAAUUGAAGACACAACAAGAAGCCAAAAUGAGAGGAGAAAAAGAACCAGAACGUACAACCUCCCGUGUACAUGUGCAAUUUGUCACAAAAAAUUAUCAUCAAAAAACAAUCUAAGGGGCCACAUUAGGAGAAAACACCUAAAUCUACGACCCUACCUGUGUGAAUCCUGUGGCUACAAGUGCUACACGAAAUACGCACUGAAUCAACAUGAAUUGAUUCAUGCUGAAAAUCCCAGCCGCUUCCCCUGCAAUCUAUGCGAUAAGACCUUCACGCGGGAAAUGAAUAUGAAGAGACAUCUGCAAAUCCACCUGAAUCCUUCGCAGAAGAGACAAAAUACGCGACAAUGCAAGAUUUGCAGUGAGAAGUUCAAAACUAAAGAAAUCUUCCUCAAACACAUGGAAUCUCAUUCGGAAAUCACAAUCGACGGGCGAGUCCUUCGGGGGAGUAGACGAAAAGUCUGUUCCUACUGCCCAAAGGAAUUCAAAUUGCCUGCCCAAUUGAUAAUACACGAACGAAGUCACACCGGGGAGAGACCAUUUGUAUGUGAAAUCUGCUCAAAGGCCUUCCGACAGAAGUGCCACCUAAACACCCACAUGAUUGUCCAUACUGGCGAGAAGAGCCACAAAUGCCCGCAUUGCGAGAAGAUUUUCACCUCCAAAGGAACCCUGACGGUGCACAUUCGUAUCCACACGGGGGAAACACCCUAUAAAUGCCCAACCUGCCCUAGGAGGUUCCAUGAACUAAAAAUGUGCAAAAAUCACAGCAAAAAAUGCUCACAAGGAUAUGAAAAUGAAACGACGAUAGAGACACAAAGGAAUUGUUGAUAAAUAAAACAAAACUUACAAGAGAAUAAUGAUUUUUCUCAGAUUUAGACGAUUUAGACGUACCUUGAGAGAGUUGGUUAAUACUUCCGGAUCGAAACGACCAGAUUUCCACUUCACAACAUCAAUUUAUUGAAAAUUUGAAGAGAAAUAAAUCAAUUUUAUGCGAAA